AUGAUUGAAGCACCCCCAUCGCGUGGAUCAUCGCCAGCGAUGGAAGAUCCGGGAGAUGCUUCCGAUAAGGAUCCUGAGGCGGAAGCCCAGGCAGAACCCAGCCAGGAGGAGGAGACAGCUGCAACGCCCGCCCAGGAUUCGAACCCUCCAUCGCGCGGCGACACUCCUACACGCAUGGGCGGCCGCAUGUCAGCCAUCCCACGAAAGCGCCGCAUAGGCCGUCCUCCGAAGAACCGUCCCCCAGACUGGGAUGCGCCUGAUGACGGCGCCCCUCAGACCCCGAUCCAUACAUCCACGCCGGUCAAGCGAAGGCGCGGUCGUCCCGCUGCUAGUGGUGGAAGGUGGGCACGUAACCGGGGCCCGUCGCAUGUUACCCAGGUUCCGAUCGAUAAGGAGGGCAAUAUGAUGGACGUUAUCGACGACGAAGUUGCUCUCCCAGACGACCCCGAGGGCGAGACAAAGGUGGACAAGAACGGCAACCUGCUGGGCGAUCGAGAAUACAGGGUCCGUGUGUUUACGAUUCUUAACCGUGGUGAUCGCAAAUACAUGUUGUCUACUGAGCCUGCGCGAUGCAUUGGUUUCAGGGACUCGUACCUGUUUUUCCAGAAGCACAAACUCCUCUAUAAGAUUAUCAUCGACGACGAAGCGAAACGCGAUCUCAUCGAACGAGAAAUUAUCCCCCACUCUUACAAAGGCCGAGCUAUCGGUGUUGUCACCGCUCGGUCUGUCUUCCGGGAAUUCGGUGCAAAGAUUAUUGUUGGUGGAAAGAAAGUCAUCGAUGAUUACCAUACCCAGGCCGCGAGGGAGCGUGGAGAUGUUGAGGGCGAACUUGCCGUCCCGGAAGAUAAGCUCCCUGCCCCAGGCGAGCCUUACAACAAGAAUCAAUACGUGGCCUGGCACGGUGCCAGUAGUGUCUAUCACACCAGCGCUCCGUCGGUGCCGUUGCCCACCGGAAAGGCGGUGGAUUCGAAGAAACGUAAGGUUACAGUUACUGGUGUUAACUGGAUGCUCGAACACGCCCGAGAGGCGAGCAACUUCAACUCACUCAUUUCUCUUGCGCGCCGCGAAAACCUUGAAGGACAGUAUGACAUCCACACCAACGUCAUGCAGUACCCCAAGAUUAUGCAACCAACGCACGCCCGUUGGGAGCGUCUGCCUCCUCCCGACCCGCGAGUUGCAACCAAAUUAGCUCAGGGCAUGUCCACCCUGAGCCUGACGAACGGCACCAGCGAAGCAGAGCCAGCUGCUGUUGACAGGGAAGCCAACGAACCCAGCGACAGCCGUUCUGAACAGCCAACCACGGAAUCCACCCUCUUCUCCUCAGUUCCAGCUGCACUGUCCCGCCGAUUCGCCAUUCAUGAUAUUCAGUUUGAAUCUUCGCCGUAUUCCAACCUGGGCGUUCCCGGCCCAGACGGCGAUGUGCACGAUCUCGGCUCCAACGGCCUAAUCAGUGUCGCUGACUCCGCGAAUCCCGAGUUCACGAGCCCCGAAAUCCUGGAGGAACUUCCUCCCGAGUGCAAGGAAGCCCUCAUCGAGGCUGCUGCACAAGAAUGGGAAUGGAAAUCCAAGUGGUGUCACGAAGCGAACGACGGGGCUCGCGCUAAAUUACUCAAGAGUUACGCCUGGUUUCCAUGA